GAACAUGUAUCUCAUUCCAAAGAUCCAGAGUGCUCGUCUCGUCGAUAUCUCCAACUUCUUGCGCCAUGAUUCCUUCUUCCGCCGAGCCACUCCUUCCAUCUCUUGCAUCUGGGAGCCGGUGGUAGCCUGCACCCGCGACGACCUCCUUCAGCACCCCAAACCGCCUCCGCACCUCGUUGCGCUUUACGAAGACAGACUGGUCUCUCUUUGGCAUUGCAGGAUCGGGAUCGGGAGUAUUCACCACGUAGCUCUCUCCCUGUCGUUGCAUCGUCGGACCAGUCACACAGCUCGUGUGCGAUGUGCCCGCGCCCAUCCCCGCAAUACCUCUGGCGUGACCUUCGAUCGAGACACUCGAGCUUGUACUCGUGUUGCUGAAGGUGACCGUCGCCCAAUCGGCCUCGGUCUUGACCCAACCGAUGACCAUGACAAAAUUUCCCCGCUUGAUAUCUUGGCGGAGAACGCCCCUGGCAUAUGCGUACCAUUUGUUAUGGUGCCGGAUGAUGUACUCCUUCAGAGCCAAGUUGUCGAAUAUCGAUUCGCCGUCUGCCUCGCUCUUCAGUGCAAGCACCGCGCCUUGUGUUGCUUUGCAUGUGUACUCCGCACUCAGCGUCACGGACACGUUCGCACCAGCCGUUCUGCAAACCGUCAGCGAAAA